CAGGCACAAUAUAUUACAGUCUAGGGCUUGCUGCUGAAAAGCCCGCUGGAUCCUCCACUGACCUGCUGUUCUUUCCUGCUUUCCUCUUGCGUUUUUUUUCCACGUUUAGAUUAAAAACAAAGCUCUCUCUCUCUCUCUCUCUCGUCCCUCUCCCCUCCCUCCUCCUCCGUCUUCUUUUUCUUCUUCUUCUCCAUAUUCUUUUCUGCGGCAGCAGUCAAGGCAGAGGCUUCAGUGUGUCAGAGGGAGGCUGACGAAGAGGAAAAAGCAGAGAAGAAGACUGUUUGGACGGAGCUGAGCGCGUGUUUACGUUUGUAUGUUUCGCCAUUGGACGACCAGGUGAAGGGGCAGGAGGAGGAGGAGGAGGCGGCGGCGAGGAAGAGCGCAGCCAGCCCGGAUGAAAUUCUCCGUGUCCUGUCACUGUGUGGACCUUGACUGAAAAGAGACGGAGACAUUAAAGCGAAGCGGGGACAGGAGCAGAGGCGAGACUUUAGUUUCACCGGGGGGAAGGAGGAGGAAGGAGGUAAAGUGAGGCUUUCUCCUGUCACCGUUGGGCAAACGACAUGACGGACUGAGCACUUUUCAGUUGUGUGUCAACAGGAAUUCGCCCUAGACGGACAAAAAGAGUGAACGCCACGGCGGCCGAGAGCCUGGAAGACUAACGACCGCCGCGUUGAGUCCGGCUGAAGAGCAGAGAGCGGGUUCGCUGAGUGUGAGAGUGUGGGUCUGAGUGCCGGUGGAGGGCAGAGGAGUGGAGGGCCAGGGGACUAACCUGGCCAUCAAACAGACUGGCAGCCUCUCCUCUCCUGGGAUCAUGUACCCUCAGGGCAGGCAUCCGCUCUUUGUAGGCCGGAAUACAUUAGCAACCUGGCAGAGUGGAGAGGAUGCUAAUGUGGAAGAGACGGAGAGGCAGCGGAGGGAAAGAAAGGAUGAGGGCAGCGGAGAGAAGGAGGCAGAGUCAUUAGAGAAGGAGGAGAACAGAGUCCCUUUGCAGCCUGGCCAGUCUUUCAAGUUCACAGUCCUGGAGACUCUGGAUCGUAUCAAGGAGGAAUUCCAGUUCCUCCAGGCUCAGUAUCACAGCCUGAAGCUGGAGUGUGAGAAGCUCGGCAGCGAGAAGACUGAGAUGCAGCGGCACUACAUAAUGUACUAUGAGAUGUCCUACGGGCUCAACAUUGAGAUGCACAAACAGGCGGAGAUCGUCAAGCGUCUCAGUGCCAUCUGUGCUCAGAUCAUCCCCUUCCUCUCUCAAGAGCAUCAGCAGCAGGUGGUCCAGGCAGUGGAGCGGGCCAAGCAGGUCACCAUGGCCGAGCUCAACGCCAUCAUCGGGCACCAGCUCCAGCACCUGUCUCACCAUGCCCCUGGCAUCCCCCUGACGCCGCACCCGUCGGGCCUGUCCCUCGGGGCGGGGGGCUCCGGGCUCCUGGCGCUGACCGGGGCGCUGGGCGUGUCGGCGCACCUCGCAUCUAAAGACGAGCGCAAUCACCUGGAUCCAGAGCAUCUGAGAGAGGGAGCUCCCAGCAGGAGUAAGUCGGUGUCAUCGACAGACAGUCAGCCCGCUGAGGAGCGCCAGGGCCCAUCUGGAGGUUACUCCUCCUCGCAGGGAGGACCCGAGGCCAAGAGGAGGCGCUGUGACGACAAAGAGCCUCUCCCACCGCACUCCUAUGACAGUGACGGAGACAAGAGUGAGGACAAUCUUGUGGUGGACGUCUCCAAUGAGGAGCCGAACUCUCCUGCAGGCAGCCCUCCCCACUCCCCCCACGGGAACGGUUUGGACCGAGCUCCCACCCUGAGGAAGGAGCUCCCUGGAUCUUCAAACACAGCAGAGGCCCCCUCCACCCCGAACCCCCGCAGUCCCACCCCGGGAAAGGCCAAGGACCCGGCGCAGAUGGAUAAGUCUCAGUCUCCAAUGUCCAAAUCUGGCACCCCAUCGCCGUCCCAUCGUGAGGCCCUGACCCCUGGAGCCCCGGGAGCCCCCGGAGCGCCCGGUCCCAGCACCUCCUGUCUGCGACUGGUCAGCAAAGCAGCAACUGGCGCCGACCCGCUUGCUCUCCGCAGCCCCAUGUCUGUGCCCCCUGGUUCAUACCCGGCUCAUUUUGGCGUGGUGUCCCAUGCAGGGCUGAACGGGGAGCUGGCCAGCCCGGGAGGCUUCGGGGGAGCGCUCACUCUUUCCCCACAAAUCAGCGCGGCGGCCAGCGCCUACUCCCGGAGCCCCAUGGUGGCGUAUGACUCUCGCUCUCACCUGAGGGCUCCAGGCCUGUCCUCCUCUCUGCCUGGCUCCUCGGGGGGCAAACCCGCCUACUCGUUCCACGUGAGCGCCGACGGCCAGAUGCAGCCGGUGCCCUUUCCCCCCGACGCCCUGCUGGGCCCGGGGAUCCCUCGGCACGCGCGCCAGAUCCACACGCUGAGCCAUGGCGAGGUGGUGUGCGCCGUCACCAUCAGCACCUCCACGCGCCACGUCUACACCGGAGGGAAGGGCUGCGUCAAGGUGUGGGACAUCAGCCAGCCGGGCAGCAAGAGCCCCAUGGCACAGCUGGACUGCCUGAACAGGGAUAACUACAUCCGUUCUUGUAAAAUCCUUCCCGACGGACGCACUCUGAUCGUGGGCGGCGAGGCCAGCACGCUGUCGAUCUGGGACUUGGCCACGCCCACUCCUCGCAUCAAGGCGGAGCUGACCUCGUCGGCCCCCGCCUGCUACGCCCUGGCCAUCUCCCCCGACAACAAGGUCUGCUUCUCCUGCUGCAGCGACGGCAACAUCGUGGUCUGGGACCUUCACAACCAGACGCUGGUCAGGCAGUUCCAGGGCCACACGGACGGCGCCAGCUGCAUCGACAUCUCCAACGACGGCACCAAGCUGUGGACGGGAGGGCUGGACAACACGGUGCGCUGCUGGGACCUCCGAGAGGGACGGCAGCUGCAGCAGCACGACUUCACCUCGCAGAUCUUCUCUCUGGGCUACUGUCCCACAGGCGAGUGGCUGGCUGUGGGGAUGGAGAGCAGCAACGUGGAAGUCCUGCACGUCUCCAAACCUGACAAGUACCAGCUGCACCUGCACGAGAGCUGUGUCCUCUCGCUGAAGUUCGCCUACUGCGGCAAGUGGUUCGUGAGCACCGGAAAAGACAAUCUGUUAAAUGCGUGGAGGACACCAUAUGGAGCCAGCAUUUUCCAGUCCAAGGAGUCUUCGUCCGUGCUGAGCUGCGACGUCUCGCCGGACGACAAGUACAUAGUGACGGGCUCGGGGGACAAGAAGGCCACGGUUUACGAGGUGGUGUACUGAGGGCCGGGACGAGGACGGGACAGGACUCCAGGGUGGUGCCCGGGAACGGGAGGAGGCUCCACCACCGGCCCUGUCCGCUGCUCGACACCCGCGCUACAUCAUCAUCAGCAGCAGCAGCAGCAGCAGCAGCAGCAGCAGCAGCAGCAGCAGCUUCGUCUCCAUCCUGUCCCUCACCCCUGAUACGUCACCCCUCUCCCCUCGCUGUGAUAUAAGCUACCGUGGAGGCUCCCAGCUGCCCACUUCCUCCUCCUCCCCCUCCCACUUUUCACCCAAGAAUGAGGCAUGACAGUCGAGAGAGAGGCAAAAAGGGAAGCGGCUAAGAUAAGCAGGACAAAGAGAAAGGGCGGUGGAGCAUGAAGAUAAAGUCGGGAGGAUAAAAGAGGAGAGAAAGCCAGCGUGCGGAAGGAAGAGCAAUGAAAGGGAGGAAGAGGAGGAUGAAGAGGAGAAGGCAGGGUAAUUAGGGCUGUUUCCUGAUUAAGAGCUCACUGGAAGGGAGGCCCCCAGAGGAGGCGCGGAGCAGCACUGUGGGAGCGCCAGCCAGGAGCACUGAUACCACACAAUCGAUUCAUUAGCCAGACAGUGGAAGCCUUAAUGAGGCUGACGCCGCAGCUCGCUCUCCCCAGCGAGAGGUGUCAGGAGCCGGGGAACGAUGACGCUUCAGAUAUCCGCACGCACGCACGCACGCACGCACGCACGCACGCACGCACGCACGCACGCACGCACGCACGCACGCACGCACGCACGCGGCUGCACGCGGUGAGGUAAUCAUAGGACACACACACACACGCCACGCAGAGCACCCAAUUAAACAUUCAUGGCAGCCCUCCCCGGCCCCCGUCUCUCUGCCUAAUAUCUAUUUUACUUUGGUCUGACAAAGGCAGCGUCUAAUGAGCAGCCGAGUCAAUGGGAUUCUCCCAGGGCCCAGAGACACAAACAGAGAACAUCAGCCGAGCUGUUCCCCCUAAUUCCUCUGGAUUGUUCUCCUGACACCGGGCGCUGCACUCACUCUCAUUAAAGGCGCUGUCAGCUCCGUGAAGCAGCGGCGCCGGCUGCACGGCGACGCUGACAACAGGGCGAAUUACCGCCGCCCCCAGCGCCGCCUAAUCCGCCUCCUCUCAGACUUCAUGCAGCCGGCCGUCGCCCGUGUUCCCUCGCAGGCCACAUGAGCUCCCGCGUUUGUCUGAGUCGCCCGUUGCUCGCGCCGCUGCAUCUCGCGCCGUGAGUUCAGACGAACGCCUUCACGCUCAUUCCUUCUGCAUCAGGACGGACACAGCCCCUUCCGGCCGUCUGACCUAGUGCUGCGUAUUUUAGCACCGACCCGCUGAACUAACACAUGAUGAAGACGUUUUCUAGUUUUCUAGCAGCCAAAGAAGACGAGCUCCUUGUUGGACGGCCAACGUAGUUGAGCACAUAAACCCCCAUGAAACAGAUUAGUUGCUAUUAGUUUAAACUAAAGUCGUUAUGCAUUAGUGAGAUUUAGAGGCCUUACAGGAAGAGUCAUCAGUCCUGCUGUGGAAACCACUCCACCUAAGAAUAUUUCCCCAAACGUCAGACCCCGUCUCAUUUAAAGCUGUGUCCUUGUACAUCAGAGCUCUCUGCUCCUGCAGCGCGUCACCAACAUGUACACUAACGAGGCCCAUUUCAAGCUUUUUCUUUAUCACUCGUUUGUCUCAUUAGAAGCCUAUGAACAGUUUACGUGAUGGGGGACGCGCUCACACAUGGAAACUCACUCAAGCGGAAAACUACUUUUGUUUUUCUACUUCCUUUUCUUUGAACCUGUGCAUCCUUGGUGAUGGCGACCGUGCGCGUGUAACAACGAGGUUGUGACCUUUCGUCCACCGUUGCCCAUUUUUGUUCCCUUUCCCCCCCCAACGUGCUCGUGAACGUGCUCUUGUCUGUUUCCAGUCCUUAUCGCGUGAUGAUGCUGUUUCUGUUGCAUUUGGUUCGUGUACAGCCGUCGGCGGCGGCACCGUGACUGAUUUUAGCCUUUAAAAGGGGCCCCACCUUUUUCCCUGCAUGCGCGCUCACUUCUGCUGAAGGGACGACGCCAGUGAUCGUCCUCGGCGGGUCCAGCGGUUGGUGACGCGGCCAGAACCUGACAUCACCGUAUGCAACUUAGUUCAGCUGUAUAAUAUCCUAGCGAGAUGUUUCCAUGUUUAACUCAGCGGCGUUAGACCGGGACAGACGUUUUCUGAGGGACUUCUUACAGCGGCUGAGUCGUCAUCUGUACAGUUCAAUGCCUUCGCCUGCCUCGUUCCCUUUCUAGCCGCAGCCACAGGCAGACCUAAACGAGAACCCACCCCAUUAACAAGCUUGUAUACUACUCAGAUCGAUGCUGUAUAAUGGCUAUGCAUUCGGUGGUAUAGCGUGAAUAUCUGGGACAUUGUAUUUGAUACUUUUGUCAGUAAUGUCUUUUCCUGCCUGUGCUUUCUUUGUUCCAAAAGUAUAAAACUCUUUUUUCCCCUCAUCCCCAUUUUUAAAACCUUGUGUUAAGUUUGUCUUUUUAAAAGCCAAGGAACUUUUUUUUUAAAUGCACUUUGUCUUCCCUUCUGAUGCGUUUCCCAUGUGCUGUACAUGAAAUACUAUGUGUGAAAAAUAAACCAAACGUGUGAUCAUC